AGUGUUUAAAAUUUAGAAGCGGAGAAGUCACCCUGUAAAAAAACUGAAGGAAGUUCAAUCUGACGGUUUUAACAGAUUAAAAUGGGUAGUAGUACUAGUUUUGAUUAAGCACCACCACCAAAGCUCACGCUACUACAGGGAAUGAACUCUAAACUUUUCUUACUUUCUCAAUUUUCACUGAGGACAUUGCCCACUUUCCGCCUACAGUCAGCUAGGAUCAGCUUCGUUGCUUUCUCGCCUUCCUACAAGGCUUAUCGUCGCCCAGUGUUAGAUUUUUUCAUAUUAGAGGUAGCUUGUGGUCACCAUGGCGGAAGAGAAUGUUGACGUGCCGACAUACAAGUGUAUUUUGGUGGGUGACGGGGGAAUUGGAAAGAGUACCUUCGUCCAGCGUCAUUUGACAGGAGAGUUUAAAGAAGAGUAUGUUGCCACGUUGGGGGUGGAGGUCAACCCGCUAGUCUUCAAUACGUCGAGAGGCUCAAUCCUUUUCAACGUAUGGGAAACAGCAGGUCAAGAGGGGAGUGGAGUUCUCCGAAACGGUCAGCAUCAAGGGGCACAGUGUGCCAUCGUAAUGUUUGAUGUGACCUCUCGGGUCACAUAUAAGAACGUGCCGAACUGGCAUCGGGAUUUGGUCAAGGUUUGCGAGACCAUGCCAAUUGUCUUAUGCGGCAACAAAGUUGAUAUCAAGGAUCGUAAAGUGAAGCCAAACAACAUGCAUUUUGUUAGGAAAAAGAAUCUGCAAUAUUACGAUAUCUCCGCUAAGAUGAAGGACAACAUAGAGAAACCAUUUCUCUGGCUGGCUCGUAAACUUAUUGGGGAUCCCAACCUUGAGUUCGUCGCCACACCAGCUUUCCCCCCAGAAUUUCCUGUGGAUCCUGUUUGGCAACGACUGAUUGAAAACGAUCUCCAGGAGGCAGACAAAGUUGCCUUACCCGAUGAUGAUGAAGAUCUAUAAGUCUUCCUUUUUUCACUAAAAUCAAAGCUAACAGCAGCAGCACCUUCAUUCGUUGUUUAUAAUUUUCUUAGAAACUUUGUUUAUGCAAUUUAAAAAUAAAAUCUAAACUAUUUGUACGUCUGUGAAUCUUUCAGUGAUAUAUUAAGGUGAGGUGAGCCCACUUUUUUAAAAGUAAAUUUUUGUGCUGUCUUUAGGGUCACGAACAAAUUAAGUGUGUGUCACUAAAUAAAAUCAAUAUACUUGAUAAUGUUUAAUUAA